GCCACUUUUUGUCAGUCGAGCCGGGAACAAGACUGAAGCAAGCCGGAGCUUUUUCAGCACCAGCCACUAGUGGACAGCGACGCCACAGCUCAGCAACUCUCACUCAACUUGAGCAGGAUCCAUCAUGGUUCUCAUCUGGACACAGUUCGGAGUCAAGCACAACAAUGUCAACGUCAGGUGUAAAGUUCGGGUGAUGCACAGAGGAGACAGCUCUGGGUCCACUUCAUCUGCGGAAGGCAACAAGUCAGACCCGGAUGCCCCCUGUCUUUCCAUCAAGCCCAGCGCCGGCAAGGAUUUUUACAAAGUCCUGGGCGUGGCACCCGAUUCCAACGAUGACGAGAUCAAGAAGGCCUACCGCAAGAUGGCGCUCAAGUUCCACCCGGACAAGAACAGCGACGCUGAUGCUGAGGACCGAUUUAAGGAAAUCGCCGAAGCCUAUGAGGUGUUGACCGAUCCUGAGAAGAGGAUCAUCUACGACCAGUUCGGAGAGGAAGGUCUAAAGAGCGGCGUCUCUGUCGCGGAGCAGGGCAACGCUUUCCGCAACCAGUUCCCCACCGAUCCACACGCCACCUUCUCCUCCUUUUUCCACGGCUCUGACCACUUUGACAUCUUCUUCGGUCACGAUGGCGAAGACGAUGACCUCUUCAACCCAUUCCGCCGAUUCCCAUUCAGCCACGUGGGUGGUUACGCUGGCCAUGAAGGUGGCGGCCUGAGGCGGGGCGGGCGACGGCCGCGGGGCAAGGCCCUGGUGCGCGAUCUGCUGGUGAGCCUAGAAGACGUGAUGCAUGGCUGCACCAAGCACGUCAAGAUCACCCGAAGCCGUCUUGGUCCGGACGGCCGCAGCCUGUGGACCGAGGACAAGGUGCUGAAUGUGGUGGUGAAGAAAGGCUGGAAGGCGGGCACCAAGAUCACCUUCCCCAGAGAGGGCGAUGAGACGCCCAACAACACGCCCGCUGACGUCACCUUCAUCCUCAGGGAUGCCGAGCACCCACAGUACAAGAGAGACGGCUCCAACAUUGUCUACACGGCCAACAUCACCCUCAAAGAGGCACUUUGUGGCUGCACAGUCAACGUCCCCACCCUGGACAACCGCCUCAUGCCCUUGCCGUGCAGUGACGUCAUCAGACCGGGUGAGCUGCGGCGACUGCGUGGCGAGGGCCUGCCCGUAGCACGCAGUCCAUCACGUCGGGGCGACCUGGUGGUGGAGUUCCAGGUGCUCUUCCCUGACAGGAUUCCACCACAAUCUCGGGAAAUCAUCAAGCACAGCCUAGGCCAGUGCUAGACUGCCCAGGGGCAGCAAUAAAAGACUUCUUUGAUGACCAAUGGACAAAGUUCAAGGCCAUACUUUAGGUAGCCACUGACUAUGAUUAGGGUGUCAAAUAUUGUAUUUGACAUCCCAUUUUGAUCCACAAAAUUCUUUGGAGACUAAUCAUCAAACCACACACCCAUCCUUUAGAUACCAACAAUGUAUUUUCUGACAACCAAUCAACAAAUCACAGCUUUGAACAUUUAGGUAUCAUCCAAUGGUUCAGGUAGCCUAUUCCACUCUGAGGUGCUAUAUCAAUCAGAAAGCCGUGUUUCAUACAGGUGGACACUAUCAAACCUGACAAAAGUGCUCUUUAGUAACUGACGACGUCUCCAUUUUGCCUUUCUCUCUAAUGAAAAGCUUAAUCUUAACAUGUACUGUAAUGACUGCAGUAAGUUAUUUGAGUCUGUACAGACUUAACAGGGUUUGGGGGGCUGGGGGUUGAACUACUGACUAUAGUUAUAUAUGGUGCUCAUAUGGGACUUUUGCAUUGAUUUUCUUACAGUGUACUUGUGUGCAAAGAUCUCCUUUGUGUACAAAAAAAAAUGCAAACAACAUUGUCUCUAAAAGAGACUCAGGUGUCAAUUGUUCUAUUGAAUCGAAAGGUCUCACUAUACAGUGUGUUACUUGGACCUGGCAGCAUGAAACGAAAUAAACCGAAUGAAAAAAACUUGAAUCCUCUUGCCUGUC